AUGAUAAACGACCAAAAUAAACUGAAAAAAAGUGUAAGAGAGAACCUACUCUCUAAUGAUGAUCUUAGUUAUUAUUCUUAAAGUGAUUAUUCAGAAGAGAAUACUCAACCAGUGAUUCGUAACGAGGCAGGAUCUAACACAAAAAAAGAAUCAAGUGAAUUUAAUAGUGAAAGUCAGGAAAAUUAAGGACCGAAUUCUGGUGAAAUCGAAUGUAGGGUAAUCUUAUUAUCAUUAGAAAAGAAUUAAAUUGAUCAAUUCAUCUGCCCAAUACAAGGUUGUCUUAAGAAAAUAUCUGGAGAAGUAGAAGUUAAAAUAGUAUUUUAAAGUGAUGAUUUCGAAAUUAGGUGUUUAUAUGAAGAUUUAGAAUAUAAGAACUCGCUCAAAAAGUAACCCCUACUAAGAUUCUGUCCAAAAUAGAACUGUGGCGGUUUUGGAAUGGCUUAGAAUUUCAAUGAAAAAUUCGUGAAGUGCCAAGAUUGCGAUAAUUAAAUAUGCUUCGAAUGCAGGGAAGAUUGGCAUGGUGAUUUCACAUCUUGUGAAUCAGCAAUGAAUAAAAAACUUAAUGGCAUACCUUCAGAUAAUUUAAAUGUUUCCUACUGUCCUAAAUGUAAAACCAAAGUAGAAAACUUAAAGAAAAAGGAUUAAGAUAACUUAAAAGAUUUAUUUCAUAUAACUUGCUACUUCUGUAAGUUUGAAUGGUGCUGGAACUGUCGUGGUACAUAUGCUUAUGAUCAUUAUUUACCUAUUAAUCCUUUCGGAUGCGGACUUAGAUUGUUUGCUAAGAAACAUAAAUGGUAUAUCUAAACUUUGAUAAACUUUGGAUGGUUAUUAGUUAUUUUGCUCCUACUGCCCUUAUGGUUAAUAAUUCAGAUACCAAUAGCUUUAACCGCUUAUUGCUUUGAAGGACCUUUUGAGCUUUUAGGAAAAUAUUUUUGCAAAAAUCCCCUCGCUUGCGUAUUAGGAUUGAUAGUUGUAGUUAUACUUUUCACGAUAGGAAUGGCUAUUAAUCUAAUCGCAAUACCAUUAUUCCUUACAGUAGGAAUACCAUUAUUAAUUGGAUUCAUGAUUCAUUAAAGAGCUAAAGUACAUAAAAAAUCCAAUAAACUUCUAGAGGGGUUACUUUCAGGCAAUAUGUAUUUGGGAGUAUAUAAAUAAUGA